AGGACUCCAACUGCAAUUACAAUAAAACAUCAGAAGUGCCAGGAACACGAGUCUUGAAGCUGUCUCAGCCAUAAAGGAUGGCAGACGGUGACUCUCCUGAACAGAACGAAAACCACUGUUCCGCCAUCAACAGCAGCAUCCCACUAACACUGGGCAGCCUCCCCACCCUGACGCUAUCUGGGAAGAUCCGAGUGACAGUUACUUUCUUCCUUUUUCUACUCUCCACAAUUUUCAACACUUCGUUCUUGUUGAAACUUCAGAACUGGACUCAAAGGAAAGAGAACAGGAAAAAACUCUCCAGAAUGAAGGUGCUUUUAAAACAUUUGACUUUAGCCAACUUGCUGGAGACUCUGAUUGUCAUGCCACUGGAUGGAAUGUGGAACAUUACUGUUCAAUGGUAUGCUGGAGAGCUCCUUUGCAAAGUCCUCAGCUAUCUAAAGCUUUUCUCCAUGUACGCCCCCGCCUUCAUGAUGGUGGUGAUCAGUCUGGACCGCUCCCUGGCCAUCACCAGGCCUCUAGCAGUGAAAAGCAACAGCAAGCUUGGACAGUUCAUGAUUGGCUUGGCCUGGCUCCUCAGUAGCAUCUUUGCUGGACCACAGUUAUACAUUUUUGGGAUGAUCCAUUUAACAGAUGACUCUGGACAGACUGAAGGUUUCUCUCAAUGUGUAACACACUGCAGUUUUCCACAGUGGUGGCAUCAAGCCUUUUAUAACUUUUUCACCUUCAGCUGCCUCUUCAUCAUCCCUCUUCUCAUCAUGGUGAUCUGCAAUGCAAAAAUCAUCUUCACCCUGACAAGUGUCCUUCAUCAGGAUCCCCACAAACUACAACUGAAUCAGUCCAAGAACAAUAUACCACGAGCUCGGCAGAGAACCCUAAAGAUGACGGUUGCAUUUGCCACUUCGUUUACUGUCUGCUGGACGCCCUAUUAUGUACUUGGAAUUUGGUAUUGGUUUGAUCCUGACAUGGUAAACAGGGUGUCAGAUCCAGUAAAUCACUUCUUCUUUCUCUUUGCUUUUUUAAAUCCAUGCUUUGAUCCACUUAUAUAUGGAUAUUUCUCUCUAUAAUUGUUAGACUGCAUAGAAAGUCAAAGAAACGCAAAGUGAUGAAUUUCCCUUUUUGGGAAUGAGAAACACAAAGCAUAUUGUGACAUAUUUACACAUAAAUAAAGCAGAGUUUAAGGUAAUAUUAUGCUUCUUCCUUUAGAAAUCACAGAAACUCAAUUACAAGGAAAAGAUUUUUUUCAGGAAAAAUAAUGAAAUAUUUUCACUUAAUCACGCAUUUCUGAAAUAAACCCCUUGCCUUCCGAA